AUGCGCUCCGACGUCUUGGUCACGGCGCUCCUAGGGGCGUCAUCGGCAUCGGCGAUGCUGGACUGCACUAAGAUUGUCGCCAGCGAGCACACAUUUGACCUGUCGAAGCUCGGCGGCCCGCACUCGGUCGUCACCUCGCGGCUCGAGCCCAUCACCGGGCUGCACCACAACCGGACGUACACGCUCGACGUGUGCGGGAACCUGAAGAAAAGCGGCGACGCGAAGAAGACGGAGGAGUGCCCGAACGGCACGCGAGUGUGCGCGAUCAAGAGGGUCAUCGGCGACAAUUCGGACCAAAUCACCGAGGUCAUUCCCAUCGCGGGCUCGCUGGAGAAUCAUGGCGGCACUGCGUUCGACUACGACGUUACGCGGCUCAAGACGAGCGACUCCAACGCCGACUCGAAGAAGGAGGGCCUACGGCUCGUUCUCAAGGGCGGCCGCCACGAGAAGCGGGAGCAGCGGGCCGUGAUUGAAUUCCUGUGCGAUCGCAAUCGCACCGGCCUGGAGGGCGAGUGGGAGGCUGAGGACAAGUACGAGAGCGGCAGCGGCGCGAAGCGCAGGCGCGACGACAAGGAGGCGGACGAUGCGAAGGAAGGUGAUGACAAGAAGGAAAAGGGUGACAACGACGAUACGAGUAACGAAGAGGUGGAGCAUCAAUUAAAGAAGGAGGACGCGUCGCUGCUGUGGGAGAGCUACGGCGUGGAGAAAGACGCGGACAUUCUGCGGUUGACUUGGCACACCAAGUAUGCUUGCGAGAAGCGCGACGACGACGACGUCAAGGAUCCGGAGGAGCCUCCGAGUAGCAGCAGCAACUGGGGCUUCUUUACCUGGCUGAUUAUCGUCGGCUUCCUCGGCACGGCGGCGUACCUCAUCUUUGGGUCGUGGCUCAACUACAACCGGUACGGGGCCCGCGGCUGGGACCUCCUCCCGCACGGCGACACGAUUCGGGACAUCCCGUACCUGCUCAAGGACUGGAUACGCCGGGUGCUCAACACGGUGCAGGGCGCGGGCAGCCGGGGUGGCUACAGCGCGGUUUGA